GACACAACCGAGAAGGCAGCACUGAAAAGUUGCAACGCGCCCGGGCGAAAGCGAACGACGCCGUCAUCUGGUCGGUGGUGGUUGGUGGUGGUUCCGCGCAAAGCAGCUUUCCUGGACGGCAGCCGCCGCCGCCGUCAGGUUGCCUCUCACCUGUGCGCGCCUCCUCCACCGUUGUGCGGCCUCCACUCUCUCCUUUGCGAGUUUUGCCUUCUUUUUUUUUCUUUCCGUUGUGAAUUGCUCUCUCCCUGAGUGCGUGCGUGUGUGUGUGUCUGUGAGUGGCGGCAGAAGGAGAGGCGUAGGACGAAGGGAUGGAGAGUGCGAUGCUCUGACACUCAAGCAGGCGACUGCCGCGAUCUCGCCGAACCACCUGUAGCCAGCGAGAGCGCGUUGUUUGGCCGGCCAACAGGACAGGCCGCCAGUCAGUCGGCAAUAGCGGGGUCCCAUCUCGGGCAAAGGAGUGCGUUUUUGGUGGAUAGCUGCCGUGCUCCGGUGCUCUCGGGAUGAAUGUCUGGAUAACCCUGCUCGCCCUGAUCGUCACCUUGCAUACCGGAAUCCCGCAAAAUGCAUCCGGCGCUCAUCACAAGUUGGCACGGCGACAAGCCGUAAGACAGCCGAGGCCAGGUUUCCGACUGGUCCGAGGCCGUGUGAGGUCUACAACGUCCACGACCACGGCCUCUCCCGACGACUACUACUACUACGAGGUGCCCGAGAACCACACGCCGCCUCCGACACGGCCACCCCCAAGGGGUCGCGGACGCGUGGUCGCCCGCUUCAGGGGUCGCGGUCAGCCGAGGCCCACGCCUAGUCCAAUCCCUCCACCACCGUCUUACGAAGAGGAACUGGAGCACUACGGGUACAGCUUUGGCCCGCCUAAGCAGACGUCAUCGACGACAACGACGACAACCACGACUCCCGCGCCGACGGAUCCGCCCAAGACGCUGUCGCCCAACUACCGGGAGCGCGCCGACGGUCGCAUCAUUGACUUCCGGGCCGACCCAAACUUCCCGCGUGAGCUGAAGGGCGCCGACUUGACGGACUACCCGUUCUACGAGAACGUGCCCGAGGACAUUACCUUCGACUGCUCUAAGUGGCACGACGGUUUUUACGCCAGCAUACCGCACAAGUGUCAGUUGUUCCACUACUGCUACGGAGGUUUUCGCUACGACUUCCUGUGCCCAAACUACACGCUGUACGACCAGACCACCUUCACGUGUCGCUUCAUCAACACGGUGGAGUGCGAGAAGUCGGAGAAGCAUUACGACCGCAACGAAGCUCUCUACAAGGAGACCACGACGGUGGCGCCAUCCACCGUGCCUCCAAGGCCUCCUCCACCUCCGCGCAAGAAGCCAACCCCACCCAAGAAGAAGACGUCAACGACCACUACCACCACCACGGAAGCGCCGGACGAGUACGAGGAAUACGAGUACGAGGAAGACGAGACAACAACGACCACGACGACAACGACGACCGCUAAGCCUAAGCGGCGAAGACUCAGGCCGCGUCUAAGGAUUCCCGGAGCUCGGGGUCCCCAGGAUGGCAAAAAGUAAUCUCGGAGGCUGCGCUCCUUGUUUCUACGGCUGUGUCAUCGUUCAAAAAACAACGGAGAUUCACGGAGCUCUCGAAGCUGUUUAGCGGAUUGACGUUACACCUGGCGGGCGUUCACACUUGCGACGGCUCGAACGUGACGAUGCGCGUUCUAAAGCGUUCUACCCGCCAUGUUCAGGUUUUUCUCGUUCGUAUCCAGCUGGAAGCUCCGGGGCAUGAUAGAUGCAUUUAUGUUUUUUUUAGUUUUGUUUUGGCGUUCGUUUUAGUGAGAUGAAACUGAUGUUGACUCGUC